CACCCGGAAGCAGAGGAAAGGACGUCCUAGUUGAGGAGGGAGCAUGACUCCUUGAAAUUCUGGAGGCCGCGUUUGGCCCGGUUGCCGUGUGCGCAGGUGGGACGGAGAGUUCUCUCAUGUUUGCGCCCGCAGUGAUGCGCGCUUUGCGCAAAAACAAGACCCUUUCCUAUGGAGUCCCCAUGUUGUUGCUGAUUAUUGGAGGUUCUUUUGGUCUCCGUGAGUUUUCACAAAUCCGAUACGAUGCUGUGAAGAUUAAAAUUGAUCCUGAGUUGGAAAAAAAACUGAAAAUGAAUCAAGUAUCACUGGAGUCAGAGUAUGAGAAAAUAAAGGACUCUACUUUUGAUGACUGGAAGAAUAUUAGAGGACCUAGGCCUUGGGAAGAUCCUGACCUCCUCCAAGGACGAAAUCCAGAAAUCCUUAAGACUAAGAAGAACUGAGUUUGCUGCUUUUUUUUUUUUUAAUAAAAAUAUUAUCACCUGACUUUCUACUGUAUACUCCUAUCCAAUAGAAAGAAAAUUCCAGACAUGCAGAGGCCUAUGUAUGACUAACUUGAUGGCAAUCUUGAUGAAAAAUUGAAUAAAGGUCUUCAUACUUCCCAGCUAUUACAUUUACAAAUGGAAAUAUUAUCAUUGAUCACAUAUAUUUUACACCUCUCAAUAAAAAUGUGACUACUGAUAAUAAA